AUGCUCGAAGAUGGCACUGAUGAAAUAUUUAUGACUGAAGAAUAUAAUGAGUUGACUUGGAAGAAGAAAAUCAUCGAUCCACGCGUUCCUGAAUCAGAACGGAAUUUUGGUGGCAAAGUUAUCAGUUCGCUUCCGAAGGAGAUCGCCCAACGUGAGCACAUUAAAUUCUCCACAAUGCAACAUGUUGACCAACCAAUAAUUGCUGAUCAACACAAUACAAAUGGCAAUAAACAGCAUCAUUUGCUAUCAGCCAAUGAUGAUACAUCUCAUGAUAACAAUAUCAACAAUAAUGAGUUUUACUCAAAUCUCAUGCAAGCUCAGGACAACCCAUCAGCAGAUGAAUACAAUUUUAAAUCGUCUGAACAACUCGAAUUCACUAAAACCGAAGAAUUCGACGGCGAUUUUCCUGAAGUUGGCACUAUGGAAAUAAUGCGUUUGGACGAUUCGGAUUCAGACCCGUCAAAAUACAGCGAACGUGGUUUUACUCUUAUGUUCUAUGAUAGGCCAUCUGAACUUGAGACAUGUUUAAAAUGCGAUUUCAGUUCGGAGGCCAUUCCCGAGCUCAGCAACGUGGUCGUUGAGGAGAGAGGACACGUUUACUGUGCUGAUGAAGCUGAUGGCAAUUGUGAUAAUAAAUUUGUAUGUGAUGAUGAAAUGUGA